UCAGUUAUCUGUGCGUCAUCGCUACCGGCGAGCCGCAUUGUUUACAUCUGUGUUAAAGCCAGAUGGCUGUUAGCAGCGGAACGAGACAGCUGUAAAGCUGUCCCUCUUUGUGGACCAUACGUGCUGUGACGCUCGUUUUAAAAUAAGCGGCUAGUAUGGUUUAUAUUAGGUAAGGGUUAAGUGUUUGUUAUCGCUCGUGUUUCCUCGGGUAUUUAGCUGGUUAACCUUGUUUAAACUAGUGUGCAGGUUAGGGGAAAUCCCUCCUUCGUCCACUUGUGUUUGGUUUCGGUUUGUAUCCCUCUGGGUGCUCCUCUGGCUUUACAAAUCCUCACUGACUGUCAGCUGAUUGAAAGAGGAAAGAAGAACAAACUGGUGAAAUAACCUUUCCGUCCUCUCUCCUGCUGGGACAUGUUGGUGGACGAAUGAUCAUGAGCAGUUAUGUCUAACUAGAGAUCAUUACUGUUGAAAAAGAAAAGGGAACCGAAACCUCGGAUGUUUUAGUUUUUACAUACAGUUUGAACAGGUUGAAUGAUUUGAAGCCGUUUCAGCCUCUCAGCUUGAUGACCGCGCGGGCAGAGUUCAACCGUCACGAGCCAGCAUGUCGGACACAGAGAGGUCCUUGCCCGCCGUCAGGAGGCUCAGCUAUGCCGUGGGACACUUCCUCAACGACCUGUGCGCUUCCAUGUGGUUCACAUAUUUACUGGUGUUCUACCACUCCGUGCUGGGCUUCCACAACACAAAUGCAGGUAUCUUGUUGCUGGUUGGUCAGAUAGCCGAUGCCAUCUGUACACCCCUAGUUGGCUAUGAGUCAGACCAAACAUCUGGUUGUGGAAACUAUGGCAAGAGGAAGACCUGGCAUCUAGUUGGUACGCUGAGUGUGGUGGUGUCUUUUGCCUUCAUCUUUAGCCAGUGCCUGGUCUGCAACCUUCACACUCCUGAGUGGGCCAGUUUGGUCUACUUUGCCCCAUUUAUUAUCAUCUUCCAGUUCGGCUGGGCCGCCACGCAGAUCUCUCACCUGUCUCUCAUUCCAGAGCUGGUCACCUGUGAGCAUGCUAAAGUAGAGCUCACUGCAUACAGGUAUGCGUUCACUGUCAUAGCCAACAUCACAGUGUAUGCACUUGCUUACCUGCUGCUCCACGCUCAGGCUGGAGAGGAUGAAGACUCUUUGGGACCAGCAGACGUCAACAUCUUCAGGAACCUUUCAUUGAUCGUGUUGGGGAUCGGCGUGCUCUUCACCAUUUUCUUCCACCUGGGAACCACAGAGAACCACAAUCGUAGAGAACACAAAGAAUCUGGAGGAGAGGAGGAAGAGGAGGCUGAAGGGGAGCGGAGGCCAUUGUUAUCUUCUACUGUUUCUUCAUCCCUUCUGCAGUGGAAAUGUUGGCUCCAGCAGCCAUCGUUCUACCAGGUGGCGUUACUCUACAUGUCCACUAGGUUAAUCGUGAAUCUCUCUCAGACAUACAUCUCGAUGUAUCUCCUCAACACUCUUGGGCUGCCCAAGAAAUUCAUCGCUACAAUCCCUUUAGUCAUGUAUGUGAGUGGCUUCCUGUCCUCCUUCAUCAUGAAGCCUGUCAGUAAACAUAUCGGGAAAAGUCUCACCUACUUUGUGGGCCUCCUGUUGAUCAUGGGGUUCUCCUACUGGGUGCUGCUGGACAAAAGAAUGGGUCAGCAGAUCUACGGGGCUGCUGUGCUGCUGGGAGCUGGAUCAGCCACCAUCUUGGUCAUAUCACUUGCCAUGACUGCCGAGCUGAUCGCAAAUCAGACGCAAAGUGGAGCGUUUGUGUAUGGAGCCAUGAGUUUCACCGAUAAGUUGGCUAAUGGAGUCGCAGUCAUGAUUAUUCAAGCUCUGCACCCCUGCCAUGGUGUGCUGUCCAGCCUGUGUGUGGUUUUAUCACUACAUCAUGGUCAUAGUGACCGGGGGCGUGGCCGUCAUUGCAGCUUUGGCUCUCUGCUCCAUCCUCAUCUGGCCAAUCAAGAUCAGACCACGUGGCCUGCAAGUCAUCUCUGAUGGUACAACCACAGUUAACUAAGAAGACCCCGACGAGAUCAGCUUCACAGGGAACAUCGACUCUGAUCUUAGAUGAACAGCGGGGGUUUCUCGCAGUUGUUUCUCACUGAGAUUAGCUUACAGUUUUGCAUUGGAAAUGUACCCAAUAUCUAUGGGAAUUUCCUGACUGAUCAGCUGCUUGGAACAAAAAAGGCAAACUAUUCCUUAUUCCUCUGCACUAGGCUGACAUUGUAGCCUCUUUGCACCUUGUUUUCAUAAUUUUCCAAAAAUGCUUGGUUUAUUAGAGAAAAUUAUCAUAUGGGUCCAUUUCAUUUUGUUUUGGUACUGAGGACGUCCUUUGAGUGAAAGCAAACGCAGCAGAGGCAAUGGUCAGAUAAACAAAGGGAGUCCAACAUUCUCUUGUUUUAGAUUUGAAACACUGUUGCCAGUCCAAAGAAUGGAUGACAAAGGGAACAACUGUGGAACAUUUGAAAUCCAAUGUUUUGUCAGGAUCAGCCAGUUCAGUGCAAAUGUCUCCACGGCAUGACAUCCUGAUAAACCACUACAUUCACUGCCCACCUUCAGAAAGCUGGAUCCUGAAACGCUGCUGGCGAGAGGGACAGUGGAACGCAUCAGUGGCACUUAAACAGGAAUCGACCUGGAGUUAGGCUUUGUCUUCUGUAUUUGUUUUCCUCAGGAGAAAAAAUGGUGAUUUGUGGAUUUUUUUUCAGGUAUUUAAAUCAGUUUGUGUUGUACCAAAACGAAAACUAAUAAUCAAACUCAACCUAAAAAUAUUUUUUUAAAUGAAAAGAAACAUGAACAGUUAAAAUGUACCUUACUGAAAAAUGUGAAAGGGAUCAAUAUCUAUUGUAUAAAUUCAUACUAUAAUGAAGGGAAUCAUGCUGGUGGAGCAGCAGAACUGGAACGUAUGUGUGACUGGGAAUUAUGGGAAGUGCUGUUGAUCAAACUCUUAAACCAAAGCUGUGCUUUUUGACCUCAGUGAAAAUUUAAACUACAUCUGGGUAUGCUGCCCUAGUCACCCAUGUAAAAAUAUGUGCUGUUGAUAAAGGGAUUGUUAUGAAAUGAAGUGAAACAUUAAAACAUGUCUUAAACCCAAA